CGGUGGCGCCGCCCCAGCCUCCGCAUAUCAUCUUCAUCCUCACUGACGACCAGGGCUACCACGAUGUGGGCUACCACGGCUCGGACAUCGAGACCCCCACGCUGGACCGUCUGGCAGCUGAGGGCGUCAAGCUGGAGAAUUACUACAUCCAGCCCAUCUGCACGCCCUCAAGGAGCCAGCUGCUCACGGGCAGGUACCAGAUCCACACAGGACUCCAGCACUCCAUCAUCCGCCCUCGGCAGCCCAACUGCCUGCCUCUGGACCAGGUGACGCUACCCCAGAAGCUGCGGGAGGCGGGGUACUCCACCCACAUGGUGGGCAAGUGGCACCUGGGCUUCUACCGGAAGGAGUGUCUGCCCACCCGCCGGGGCUUCGACACCUUCUUGGGCUCGCUCACGGGCAACGUGGACUACUACACGUAUGACAAUUGCGACGGCCCCGGCGUGUGUGGCUUCGACCUGCACGAGGGCGAGACGGUGGCCUGGGGGCUGAGUGGCCAGUACUCCACCAUGCUCUACGCCCAGCGCGCCAGCCGCAUCCUGGCCAGCCACAGUCCCCAGCAGCCCCUCUUCCUCUACGUGGCCUUCCAGGCAGUGCACACGCCCCUACAGUCCCCCCGCGAGUAUCUGUACCGCUACCGUGCCAUGGGCAACGUGGCCCGGCGCAAGUACGCGGCCAUGGUGACCUGCAUGGACGAGGCCGUGCGCAACAUCACCUGGGCCCUCAAGCGGUACGGCUUCUACAACAACAGCGUCCUCAUCUUCUCCAGCGACAACGGCGGCCAGACCUUCUCCGGGGGCAGCAACUGGCCGCUGCGGGGACGCAAGGGCACCUACUGGGAGGGGGGCGUGCGGGGCCUGGGCUUCGUCCACAGCCCCCUGCUCAAGCGGAAGCGGCGCACGAGCCGGGCGCUGGGGCACAUCACCGACUGGGACCCGACGCUGGUGGGCCUGGCGGGCGGCACCACCUCCGUGGCCGACGGACUGGACGGCUACGACGUGUGGCCGGCCAUCAGCGAGGGCCGGGCCUCGCCACGCACGGAGAUCCUGCACAACAUCGACCCGCUCUACAACCACGCGCGGCACGGCUCCCUGGAGGGCGGCUUCGGCAUCUGGAACACGGCCGUGCAGGCCGCCAUCCGCGUGGGUGAGUGGAAGCUGCUGACCGGCGACCCGGGCUACGGCGACUGGAUCCCGCCGCAGACGCUGGCCGCCUUCCCCGGCAGCUGGUGGAACCUGGAGCGGAUGGCCAGCGUCCGCCAGGCUGUGUGGCUCUUCAACAUCAGCGCCGACCCCUAUGAGCGGGAGGACCUGGCCGGCCGUAGGCCCGACGUGGUCCGCAUGCUGCUGGCCCGCCUGGCCUACUACAACCGCACGGCCAUCCCCGUGCGCUACCCGGCCGAGAACCCCCGGGCCCACCCGGACUUCAAUGGGGGUGCCUGGGGGCCCUGGGCCAGCGAGGAGGAGGAGGAGGAGGAGGAAGAGGAGGAGGACCGGGUGCGAAGCUACACCCGGGGUCACCGCAAGAAGAAGUGCAAGAUUUGCAAGCUUCGGUCUUUCUUCCGCAAACUGAACACCAGGCUCAUGUCCUACCGGAUCUGAGGGGGAGGAGGGUGUCUGUCCCCAGAUGUUCUUGCCCCCUCAGACU